AUGUCAUAUUGAUGAUAGAAAACGCUGACAAGAUUCAUGUUUGAAAAAUGAGAUGCUCUUACUUUGAUGUUGAAGGAUCUAACAUUGAUUUGAAUUAUAAAAUUAGAAUCAUGGGUUUUAUUGGGGAUUUCUAGCAAUGUCUCAUGCUAAGUUCUAGUCGAGAUUUUUUUUUUUUCGUCUUCUAACACAUGGAUGCUAUUCGAAAAAUGAUCGUGUGUGGCAUACUUACAAUCUGAUAACGAUCUGGGAGCACGUGUUGUUGUUGGGGGAGAAAUUCGAAUUUUUUUCGCCUUGUGGCACGCUCUCGCUCGCACGUGUCUGGAACAGAGAGAGAAACGAAUGCUAUAUAAACACGAGCGAUGAGAGGAAAAUUACCAUUUACAUCAGAGACAACAGAGACUUCACACACACACGAGAUGAGUUCACCGUCCUUUAUCCUGCCGGAUAGCCCGCCUCCGCAGCAUGUGCUAAACUACUGGCAGCGCAAAGCUGCUGAGUCCUGUGCCAGCUCUUCUGCUGCUGCUGCCGCCUCCGCUCCUGCCUCCACUGCACCCGCUCCACACCGUCCAACAUCACCAGGGGGCGAGAUGGUGAUUCCGGACAGCCCCAUCCAACGCUUGCGUCCAGCAGCUACGUGGGCUCCGCGGCGUGCUGUGUUGACGACGCUGUCAAACAACAUCAGGCAGAGGCAGGCGAAGAGGAAACUCGACUUCGAGGAGGGUGAAGUCAGCGGCGAAGAGGAGGAUGGGGUGCUCCCUCAAUCAAAGAAACGUAUGGUGGAUGAGGACUCCUCUCUCGUACCCUUAAUAAAGGAGGCUGAAUUGGACUUUGUAGAACUCGUUAACAAACCACUACCCAAGCCAUGGGUCCCGUUGCGAGAGUUAGAGGAGGAUCAACCAUACCGCAUCGUCGCGGCGAGGGAGCACACAAACCAGCACGGGCGACGUAUAAUUUUAAAAAUAAUCAAUGCAGGAAGCAAAUGCGAGGUGUAUCUCCCUCAAAGAUUCGCUUCCUGCAUUGAUGCGGGAAAAAUUCGGCAUUUCAACGAAACGUGUAAAAAUUAUGUGUUAGUAGUAACACAUAAGUGUCCAAAUUGGACAGAUAUAAAAAUUGUUAAAGCUUAACAAUUUUUAUAUCUGUAUACAAUUUGGACACUUAUGUGUUACGAAUUGUAUAGAUGUAUGUGAAUAGUUGAAUAGAUCAAUAAAAUGUGUGCAUAUUUGAUAAAAAAUUGUUUUCAAUUCUUACCUGUUGUUGUUGACGAUGUUGAUAAGUUUGUAAUGAAUAUCACACAGAAGAAGAAGAAAUGCUUCAGCUGCUCUGUUGUGAAUGAUAAUUUAAAUAAGGUGAGCCCGUCUUUUAUAGUUUGUUGUGAGCAUGCUCAGUAGACUCACCGCUAGAGGUAAGCGCUGCCAGCUUCUCGCCCCCUCCUUCUCGUGCUCCCACAGAUGUGGGUGGCCCAGCAUCAUUUCUUCCCUUUUCAAAUCACAUUCACCUUUCAGAUUUGA